AUGGAGAGUCUCAAGACUGACACGGAAAUGCUCUAUCCUGAGAUAACUGUAGAAGUGGGCAGAGUGACUUUUGGAGAAGAGAACAGGAAGAAGAUGACCGACAGUUAUUUGAAAAGAACUGAGAAUUCUAAAAUCAUCCAAGCUACAUGUGCACUGUUAAAUUCUGGAGGGGGUGUGAUCAAAGCGGAGAUCGAUGACAAAACUUAUAAUUACCGAUGCCAUGGGCUGGGACAGGAUCUGGAAACUUCUUUUCAAAAGCUCCUUCCUUCAGGUUCACAGAAAUACCUUGACUACAUGCAGCAGGGGUGCAAUCUCCUGAUUUUUGUGAAGUCAUGGAGCCCAGAUGUUUUCAGCCUCCCCCUCAGGAUUUGCAGCUUGCGCUCCAAUUUAUAUCAGAGAGCUGUGACUUCCGCUAUCAACUUGAAUGCCAGCAGUGCCCUGGAACUUCUCAGAGAGAAGCAGUCUAGAGCUCAGAGAGGAAGAUCGAGGGUGAAGGAGCUGCAUCCUCAGAAAGUUCUUGACAGAAACAUUCAGGAAGAGGAAGAUAUGAGGAUGUUUGCCUCAGAAUUUUUUAAAAAGGACAAGCUCAUGUAUAAGGAGAAACUCAACUUCACUGAGUCAACACAUGUCGAGUUGAAAAGGUUCACCACCAAAAAGAUUGUCCCUCGGAUUAAAGAAAUGCUGCCUCAUUAUGUGUCUGCAUUUGCCAAUACUCACGGGGGAUACCUAAUUAUUGGGGUGGAUGAUAAGAGCAAAGAAGUGUUUGGAUGUAAGAGAGAAAAAGUGAACCCUGACUUAUUAAAAAAAGAAAUAGAAAACUGCAUAGAAAAACUGCCUACCUUCCACUUCUGCUGUGAGAAGCCAAAGGUGAAUUUCACUACCAAAAUCUUGAAUGUGUACCAAAAGGAUGUUCUGUAUGGUUAUGUCUGUGUGGUUCAAGUGGAGCCUUUCUGCUGUGUGGUAUUCACAGAGGCCCCGGAUUCCUGGAUCAUGAGGGACAAUGCUGUCACAAGGCUGACAGCUGAGCACUGGGUGGCCAUGAUGCUGGAUAUUCAGUCAGCCUCCACUCGGGCCACAGGCCACAGUCUUCCCCUGAGCCCACCAGCUUCAUCUGCACUGAGAAGCCCGUCAUUUCCCACAAAAGUCUGGGAAUUUAAGGGGGCUCUACAACAACGUUUGUUUCCAGUGACACAGGAAGAGAUACAAUUUAAACCAGAAUCCCUCUGUAAGAAGCUAUUCUCAGAUCAUAAAGGACUGGAGGAAUUAAUGAAGACACAGAUAUAUCCUUGUUCUCAGGGGAUUGUGAUAUUUUCUAGAAGCUGGGCGAGUGACGUUGGCUUAAGGAAAGAGUGGAAUGUCCUGUGCGAUGCUCUCCUAAUAGCAGUUAACAGCCCCUUGGUACUCUAUACAAUCUUAAUAGACCCCACCUGGACUGGAGGGCUUGCCUAUGCCCGAAGCACUGCUCAUCAGUUAAAGCAGAAACUGGGAACUGUUGGUGGUUACACAGGGAAAGUAUGUGUCAUUCCAAGGCUGAUACACCUGCCCAGCACGCAGUACAGACCUGGUGAAAUCGCCAUGCACUACCCCCAAUCCUACAGGCUUGCCAGUGAAAAUGAAAUGGAAGACCUGUUGCAGGCCCUUAUUGUGGUCUCACUGAGCUCCAGAUCUCUUCUGAGUGACCAGCUGGGCUGUGAAUUUUUCGACUUGCUCAUAGCGGAGCAGGGUGAGCUGCUCUCAGAGAGCCUUCGGGAGACACGAGAAUUGUUCAUCCACUGCUUUCCAGGAACCAGGAAGACAGCCCUAGCCAUAAGGAUCAUGGAGAAAAUGAAGGAUUUGUUCCACUGCAAACCAAAAGAGAUCCUCUAUGUUUGUGAAAGUGACUCCUUAAAGGAUUACGUGACCCAGAAAACCACCUGCCAAGCUGUGACCCAGAAAACCUUCAUGCAAGGGGAGUUCCUAAAGAUUAAACACAUAGUGAUGGAUGAGACUGAGAAUUUCUGCAGUCAAUAUGGAGACUGGUACACGAAAGCUAGGAGCAUCACCCAUCCAAAGGUGAGAGGGGCUGGAACCGAGAACCUUCACCAUGGGAUUCUCUGGCUUUUUCUUGACCCUUUCCAAGUCCAUCAUGGAGCUGUCAAUGGCCUUCCCCCUCCAUCUGCUCAGUUUCCUCGAAAAACAAUCACCAAUGGGAUCCACUGUGCUCUGGAGAUAGCAAUGGUCAUGAAAGAAGAAAUGAAGAAGAUCAAAGAAAACCCUCCCUCCAACAUGUCCCCGGACACAUUGGCAUUGUUCAGGGAAGCUUCCUACAAGGAAGCAAUGUGUGCCCAGGCUCUGCCUGGGGUGUGUGAGACAGAGACUAACAUGACAACAGAACAGAUUGCGAAACACGUGGCAGAAAGAUGUCACAACCUGUUCCAAUGUGGUUACUUGCCCAAAGAUAUAGCAAUUCUGUGCAGGAGAAGGGAGGACAGAGGACGCUAUGAGCUUGCACUGCUAAAAGCAAUGAAAUUAAUGGAGACCCACGGAGCAACAGAAGUUGUGUUCAGCCAGGCUGCCGGUGUUUUGGGCAGUCAUAUCGUUUUAGACAGUAUUCAGCAGUUUUCAGGCCUGAAGAGGAAUAUUGUGUUUGGUCUCAGUCCAGAAUGUGCCCUGUCAGACGAAUUUCAUAAGCUCUGCUUUGCCUCAAGAGCUAUUAAACACCUCUACCUGCUUUAUGAAAAGAGAGCAGCCUUCUGAAAAUUAUUUCAAAUACAGGAAGGGAGAAAGAGCAAAGUCCCCUCUCCCAGACGGGCACAGAGUGCAGCAACUCUUUUUUCAGACAGGGGCAGCUACUCUUUCCCAUAUUAUAAGUGAGGAAAUCAAGGCACACUCAGUGUGGUGUGGAGCCACAGAAAUGACUCUUGGGUCUAACCCUUCUAGUCUAUUUGCAGUGUCACUGUCCUUUUCCCAGUCCACUUCACCUCCUCCCUGUACAAUUACAACAGACUUAUAAUUGGUCCCCUGCCUCCAGUUUUCCUAGACCGAUCCAACUUUCAUCCAGUUAACCAGAGAAGUUCUCCUCAAAUAGAGAACUGAUUUUGUGACAUCCCCUGCUAAUGUGUCUUCAGUGAGUCCCUGCUGUCUUCCAACCAAACCAAUUUUCAAGGC